UUGAGGAGUGAGAGAGACGGUCGAGUCGCUGAAGGUGCUCGAGGACACAGCGGCGUCGUGAUGUUGGGUGUGUUUCUGCUCCUGCCCCUCGUGGCGUCUGUCCCACCCCCUUCCAGGCCGACGCCCAGAUACUGCCGUCGCUGCUGCGAUCACUUAGACCCGCCUCUCAUCCCCACAGCCAAUCAGACGCCGGAGAUCCGCACCAUCAUUAACAUGACCAUUCUGAAAGGUGAAAAGGGGGAUCGUGGAGACCGAGGGACGCCUGGUAAAGCCGGAGUGGACGGACCCCCAGGAUUCCCAGGUGUUUCGGGGCCCAAAGGCAGUAAAGGAGACACUGGGACCCCCGGAGACCCCUGCAAAACCCAGCAGUCGUCCUUCUCCGUGGGCCGACGCAAAGCUCUGCACAGCGCCGACUACUACCAGGCCUUGAUCUUCGACACCGUCUUCGUGAACCUGGACGAACACUUCAACAUGUUCAAAGGGAAGUUCUACUGCUUCGUCCCGGGAGUCUAUUUCUUUAACGUUAACAUUCACACCUGGAACUUCAAGGAGACGUACCUGCACCUGAUGCUGAACGAUCGCCAGCAGGUGAUCCUGUACGCGCAGCCCAGCGAACGGUCCAUCAUGCAGAGCCAGAGCGUCAUGCUAGCACUCGAGCUCAACGACGAGGUGUGGGUGCGACUCUACAAGCGCGAGCGCGACAACGCCAUUUACAGCGACGACGUGGACGUCUACAUCACAUUCAACGGGCAUCUGGUGGCUCCUAAAGUCUAGGUGGAGGAAUCGCAGUCGGGUGGAGAUCUAGAGGAUGUUUGUGUGUGUGUGAACCUUCCCAGCAAGCACGUAUAGGCUAAAACAAGGCAAAAUUUGGGCUGUCAAUUAAAAUUUUUUAGACGUCUAAAUCUCACAAGUUAAUUUGGCUAAACGACAUGUGACCAAAUUCAAGGUUAUUUUGGCUAGAAGUGUGUGGGAAUACAUUGUUGACCUGGACGGUGAAAUGACGGCUGUUGCUUGCUGGGUUUAGCUUUUCAAUUGAACACUCUGCUGUUGUCUCUCACCUCAUUUUGGAGAAAUUACGAUACGUGUAACAACACUUGCCUUGAAAGGCAUAAAGACUUGUACAGUGUUUGAUUUGAGCUGCUGAGCAGCCUGUCGAUUAACAAUGAGCAGGACUUUAACUCUAAACCCCUUUCUCUUCCCUCACUCCCCUGUGAUCAGGAUAUGGUCAACAUGAAUUUGACCACCUCGAUAUUGUUUAUUCAUAUAUUGAACCGCACCUAUUCUGCUUUUUCCAUAUUUCUUUAGUGUGUAAUGUUUGAGCAUAAACAAGCUCCAGUUAUUCUCUAUAUCAGCGUCACUCCCUGAAACGCCUCGAGUUUCUUCCACGUCACAAUAUUCCUCAUUAUAAUAAUUCAUGCACAGAAUAAAGGGGCGGGGCCUGGUUGAGUUAGU